AUGGAGGCUUGCUCGGAUGCGUCCCCCUUGCAGCUUCUCAAGCCGUCGCAGCUGAGCACCGCUGUCUUCCAGUUGUACAAGGCUCAGGUUCAACUGGCACAGCCGAAGUCGGUGAAGUUGAAGGAGAGUCCGGGCUGGCGCCCCGCGAAUCUCCAAGACUUCGAGCUCACGGCAGACUGCAAGGGACAUGUCUUGCAGUCUUUCGGACUCGGGACUGAGAAGGGGGAGCAGGGCAUGAGCGCAACCUGCACUCCGGCGAUCACGUACCACAAAUCAACCGAACAGAAGAUUGACGUGCCCGGCUGGUUUCAAGUCAUCAAUGCAUACUCCGGAGAUUGCUUGACUUACACUCUCAAUGUCGAUCCCUCUACUUAUUCCAGAUCUCUGGCAAGAUGCGUCCCCUCCGACAUGGGACAGCAGUUCAGGAUCUUGGAAUCAGAUGCAGGUGACACCAGAUUCCGUUUGCGGUCCAGGAGUGGUAUACAAGCAAAGGAUGUUAGAUACAAGCUCGAGAACGGCAAAAGGAGAUUGCUCGCCAGAAGGGAGAGCAACGGCCACAUGAGUGCCACUUACGCCGAUGAGAACGGAAUCUUCAGUGACGACGGCACGUUCUGUUCUGCAGAGGGCUUGUUGGGCUACUACAGGAAACGAAGUGGAAAGGUUUUCGGCAAGAUGUACUGGCCCGGCAAAAGGAAGAAAGAGAAGGAGGAAAACUAUCAGAAGAGGCUCGCGCAAGCCGAGGCCGACAACAAUCGGAUAAUGCGGGAAGAGCUAGGGAGUCUGAGCGAGUUGGUCAGCUCGCACACAAAGAACCAGUGGAGUUGGUGCCACUGGACACUCGGCGACGGUCUGCACUCCCUGGUGGAUGCCAAUGUGACUUGCCGAGGUGACAUGCUGCUGUCGGCGAUUGUGAAGAAAGGCGACGAAAUCACCUACACGUGCUCGCAUGUGGCAGCCCUGGGCUCCUGCAUACCCAAUUACAGUACCCAGGUCGAAAUUGGCGACACCGACAUUAGCUCUAGCCGUGUACAGGACCUGUUCGCGGUCUGCCCACCAGAUCAUGGCCUGCAGUCCAUCGCGGCAGAGCAAGUAACCACGGCCAUACGUUUCAAGUACGUAUGUUGCCAGCUCAGCCACGCUCCCAUGGUUGUUUUUCCGGACCAAAGGCUCAGUGUGAAGGCAGAGAAAUGGGAAGGUCGUUAUUGCCCAAGGCACGUCGAUGACACCGGCCGGGUUGUCUUCAAUCAAACCUUUGCCUUCCAGACCGGGCAAUCCCCGAGCGGCACACUGGACUACGACAAGUACCACGGUCAGUGGUGCCUCUUUGGACAGGAAAAGUGUGCCUCUUCGGAUGCUGUACACCCUCUCGACGUGUCGCUGGGUAACGACGUUUGGCAUGUGGUUCCGGUCAGCGAUUUUGACGCCGUUUUCGAAGCCCGCGGCGCGAAGGCAAAUGAUGCGCUCCGUGCCGGCCCCAACAAACCUCCAGAGCUCAUCAAGUUCGGCGCACAAAAUCCGGAGUACUUGGAAGAGUGCAAGGACGAAUCACACCCUGGCUCGACACUCUUUGACCGCGAAAAGAUGAAUGAG